AAAAAGCAACGUUCACGACUGUAUCAUGAUAUAGAAAGAUAGCAAAACACAUCAUUUUUUCUUGCUGAGCACUGUAUAGAUUUAACAUUUAAUCAACAGAUUGAAGUCAGAUGUAUUCAAAACAAUUGUUUAUGUAUUUAUUUUCCAUGCUUCUGCAGGGAAUGGUGGAAUCCUAUUCGCAAAAUACCGGCAAUAAAGUUACGUCAUCAUCAAAUAGUGGUGUAUGUUUCUAUGGAGAUACUGCUAACAGAGUUUUAAAUCUUAUGGCGGCUGAUGGAAACAAAAAGACGGAUUUCAAGCCAAAGGAUUGUAAAGAUCUUCACAGAAAACAUGAACACAGUGGAAUAUAUAAAAUCUAUCCAGAUGAAAAUGAACCACAGUCAGUAUAUUGCGAUAUGGAAACAGAUGGUGGUGGCUGGACGGUCAUUGUUAGACGAGUUGAUGGUAGUGAGAAUUUCAACAGAAACUGGCAUACAUAUGAAAGAGGGUUUGGAAACUUGAAAAGAGAAUUUUGGAUAGGAAAUAGUGUAUUGCACUCUUUGACAACCAAUGGUAACUGUGAGGUCAGAGUUGAUCUGACGAAUUUCAAGGGCGAGAAGCGUUUUGCCAAGUACUCGUCAUUUACCGUUGGAAACAGUGCAUCGAAAUACAAGCUGUCUGUGGGAGGAUACAGUGGAAAUGCCGGUGAUUCCCUCUCCAAGCACAAUGGUCUUGCCUUUUCAACGCCAGACAGUGACAAUGAUACAUAUCCGAAAGGAAACUGUGCCGCUACCUCCGGAUGGUGGUAUUAUGCUUGUGACAACGUAUCACUGACCAAAUAUUACAACAAGAAAAGUAGUCCUAUAGAGUGGGAGCAAUGGAAAGGGUCUGGAUUUUCAAUAAAAUACGCUGUAAUGAUGACCAGACCAAAAUAAAUCUUUACCGCUGAACAAAUUAAAGUAUUUAAAAGAAAUACAA